AAUUUCCCAGUGCAAAGUGGGGCGGGACAUGGAAAAGCUGAACCCGGAGCGCCCGGAGGCGGCGGAAGUCACCCAAAUCCUGUACAAAAAAUGCCCACCCAAACCCAAAGAAAUCGAAGACCAAUGGUUCCAUUCCGCCGUAAACAAUAAUUGACACCCACGCCACGCCACGCCAAGCCAAGCCAAGCCAAGCAGAGAGACAGGCAGAGAGAGAGAGAGAGAGAGAGAGAGAGAGAGAGGAAGACGCUUAUUCUCUUCCAAAAUUGGCAUAUUCUCUAUUUCUUCCGCCAUAGUCGCCCCACAUCAAAGCUUCUUCUUCCGAUAAAAGUGUCUAAUUGAUUUCUUCAAUUUAGUGAAAUCCCAAGUCAUGCUUCGUCUUUGUAAUAAACACCGCCGCUGUAUCCGCUUCUCUCUUCCCCGCGUUUUCUCGUCGUCGGCUUCUCCUUCGGGCUGCCACCACCCCGAGAAUUCCGCUGAAUACCCAAAAGAUGUCCGAAAUCCCCAGCAGCCUCUGCCAAUGCUCCGCCAUUCCAGCCCUCCUCCUCUCUCUCCGCUCCCCAAUUCUCUUUCCCGUCCCACCCUUGUCGCCCUCUCCGUAACCCUAAUUUCAGCCCUCGCCGCCACCUCUUACGUUCUGAUCACCGACGACGAACCGGACCGGAAAUGGAGUGGUAGUAAUGUCGAGUGGAUGAUCGACCGGUCCAGCGAGUCGGCCAGGAGGAUUUUGAACCGGAUGAAGCAGACCGGAGUGGCGGCUUCCGUGUUGUGGAAGUCGCUGAGGUCCGUUCUCUCUUCGGCCAACCACGAGGUCCGGUCCGGCUUCGAGUUCCGCGUCGCGUCAUUUCUGGCGGACAUUGUGGCGGCCAAUGCCGGACGGAGAACGGCGAUCGUCGGUGCCGGUGGCGGCGCGGUGGUGGAUUGGCUGCUCGAGUCGGUGGCGGUUUCCGGUGAUAAUUCGGGAACUCAGGCGGAGGCGGCGAGGGCAUUGGCUUACUUGAUUGCUGAUCCAAACGUGUCGGAGGCGGUUCUUGGGAGGCCUCACGCUGUUCCUUUUCUGCUGAGGUUCAUCUUCACCUCUCAGCCUCAACGAUCAAAGAAGCAUUCAAGACAUACUUUAUCCGAUGUUUCUGAUUCUUUGAAAGGUAGGAGCAUGCUUGUUGCUGCCCUCAUGGAUAUCAUCACUUCUGACUGCCAUAGCUUAGAUAAGGCACCACUCAAGCCAACACUGCCCCGGAAUGCUGAAAUGAGUGAUAUUGCAGCAGCCAUUCAAGUUAUUGAGGAGGGUGGAAUGCAUUUGGAUGAACCACAUGAAGACAGUCAAGAUGGUGGAGAAGGUGUGAAGGGGAUUGGAAUUAAAGUUCUUGGGGGUACAACAGUUUUAGGGCUUUCAAGAACUAAUGAACUAAUGGAAUUGGAGAUUCCCGGUGCUAGUUACUUUGAUUCAGAAAAAUACAGUUUGAAAAACCUUACGUUCAACAAAAUGAAUGAUAGUUUGCUAGCACAAGAAAAUGUGGCAUCUGCUGUUGUUCCUGGCCUUUGGGAUGAUUUGAUUUGUCAACAUGUUGCUGUGCCUUUUGCUGCUUGGGCUUUAGCAAAUUGGGCAACAGCAUCAAAUGUGAAUAGAGCUCACAUUCAAGAGCUGGAUCGAGAUGGGCAAGCUGUCAUGACUGCUUUAAUAACAGCUGAAAGAUCUGUAAAAUGGCAUGGGUGUUUAGUGGCUCGCUUACUUCUGGAAGACCAUAAUUUGCCCUUGAAUGACUCUGUUCCUGAUUGGAGUUUCAGUCUCUUGUCUACUGUUUCUCAGGCAAGCAAGAGUCAAGACAUUCCUUUGGCAGAGGUUGCUUUAUCUGCAUUCUCAAUCUCUAUUGAGAGAAGCCCUGCAGCACAGAAGGUAAUAGUGGAGAAGGGUCUUCCCCUGAUGAGAGAAACUGCAAAAUAUACUAUAAAGCAUAAAACUGUGCAGGAAUCAUUGGCAAAGGCCUUAGAAUCACUUUCCAGUCUUGAAGUGCAUAUGUCUCUUGAAGAAAGUCAAAAAUGGUCAAGUAUUCUGGUUCAUUGGGUUUUUGGGAACUUAUCCUCUGACAUACUUCAAUCUUCAGCUACAAAAAUUCUGUCUCGCAUUUUUGAGGAUUAUGGGGCGGCUUCAAUACCAAUCUCUCAGGGAUGGUUGGCUCUCAUCCUUGCUGAUAUCCUACGUUCCAGCAAGAUAAAGUUGACCAAGGGAAGCACUCAACCUAAAACUGGAAAAGUGAAGACUCAAGUAGAUCAGUCGAAUAUAGCUUUGGCUCAACAGGCCGUCAGUCAAUUGGCAGAUGCUGUUGUUAAUUUGGCAGGAAAUCGGCUGGCUACAGAAAAUAACAGUGGUGAUACAUUUUCUUUGACAGAGCUUCUCAGUCUUGAACCUUUUGCUGGCCCAUUUAAAAACUUGAAGAAAGAAAGCUUGCGAAAAUUCCAUGCUGCUGAUUCUGCCUUGGCCACCCUUAAGGGGAUUAAAGCACUGACGGAGCUCUGCGCAGAAGAUACUCUUUUUCUAAGCAAAAUAACUGACUAUGGGAUCUUGUGUUUGUUGAGGUGCUUUUUGUUGCGAGAUGAUUACGAGCAAUUGGCUGCAAAUGAAGCAUAUGAUGCAUCUAGAGCCCAGGAAUUGGAAGAGAGGCCAUCCAAUGUUUCUGGUGAGCCUUCUGCUGUAGAUAAUGAUUCUUCUAGUAUCCGAGUUCCGCCUACAGCUCACAUACGGAGACAUGCAGCCCGGCUACUAACUAUUCUUUCCGCCGUUCCGAAUGUUCAGAGAAUUAUUGUAGCAGAUGAAUAUUUGUGUAAAUGGCUUGAGGAGUGUGCUAGUGGGAGGAUCCCGGGCUGCAACGAUGCCAAAAUUCAAAGCUAUGCUAGAGCAACACUACUUAAUACGUUUUGCAGAAAUCAAAUAGAAACGAACUCCUCAAAUGAAAAUCCGGAUGACAAUAGUUUUCAAAACCAUAACCAUGAAUGCCCUCAUUAUGCUGACAUGUUAUUUUUAAUCAAUCCUGGGCUGCCACACUGGAAAUGUCUUGAAGAAGAUAUAGACACUGAUGGAAGGACCUCAACAAAGAACACUGAAUUUGUUGUCAAUGAUAACUUGUCUACUCACGAUAAAACUCACAGCUGCUCAGGGUCAGAGGUUCCAUCAAUGGAUGUUGUCUUUGUUCAUGGCCUGCGCGGUGGACCUUUCAAGAGUUGGCGUUUAUCUGACGACAAGUCAUCGACUAAGUCUGGCCUUGUUGAGAAAAUUGAUGAAGAGGCAGGGAAGCAAGGAACAUUCUGGCCUGGAGAAUGGCUUUCAACUGAUUUCCCAUAUGCACGUUUGUUUACUCUGAAGUACAAGACAAAUCUGACCCAGUGGUCUGGAGCUACUCUACCUCUUCAGGAGGUGAGCUCCAUGUUACUAGAGAAGGUUGUGGCUGCAGGCAUUGGGAAUCGCCCUGUUGUAUUUGUAACUCAUAGCAUGGGAGGCCUGGUUGUUAAGCAGAUGUUAUAUCAAGCAAAAGCAGAGAAUAAGAAUGACCUUGUUGACAACACCAUUGGAGUUGUUUUCUAUAGCUGCCCACAUUUUGGCAGCAAACUUGCAGACAUGCCCUUUAGAAUGGGUCUUGUGCUUCGCCCUGCACCCACUAUAGGGGAACUUAGAAGUGGAUCUCCAAGGCUGGUACAGCUGAAUGACUUUAUUCGUCAUCGUCAAAAGAAGGGGCUGCUUGAGGUGCUCAGUUUGUGUGAGACCAAGGUAACUCCAAUUGUCGAAGGUUAUGGAGGUUGGGCCUUCCGAAUGCAAGUUGUACCAAUUGAAUCUGCAUAUCCUGGGUUUGGUGAGCUUGUUGUAAGUCAGAUACUCUCUUACUUUACUUUGCCAUGGAUGUCUUCUACUUGUUUGCUUUAUCUACUUUAUUGUAACUAUUUCCUAAAAAGCAUGUUGGUUUAUUUCCACCCUUGAUCCUGUCCUAUGAUGCUGGGAAGAUCGAUUUCUAUCUUGCACUUGGUAUCUGAAUAUGGGCCAUGUUUCCAGCCAUCCUUUUCAUGGUCUUUAGAAGAAUGCAAGAUGUGAACGUUGGGGAAUUAGAUUGAGACACCUGAUGUGGGAUCUGAAUGUUAGAUUAAUCUCUCUGAUAUGCAAAUUACGUAAAAACAUGGAUCCCUCUUUGUGGCUUUAUGAUGUCUGCAAGACUAUAGUGUAUACAGUCAUAUUGUGCACCUUCUCGCACUUAAUUGACUAAUAACAUUUCCAUACCAUAGAACUGAGGUGUUCGUUCAUAUGACAUACAUACGAUACAAUCUUGGUCUUGGGAUGGUCAUGGGUCUGGAGCAGAGGCACAUGCCACAAGGAAUGAAUCAUGUCACAAUUGUAGCCUUAGAAUUGUGGUCAUGACUCAUGAGAGAAAGUGGGCUGAGAAAGAUACAAAUAAGUAAGAUGAUGAGAUACGUGCACAAAGCAUGUUGUGCAACUGAACGAUUGGGAAGUAAUACCUGCUUUUGAAUUGCACAUGAACUUUCAACUCUCUCUUAGUAGCGCAAUAUAUAUAUUGGAUUUCUUCGAAUUCAUCUUGUUUUUGCUUUAACUUGUGGCAUUAUGGAUGGACCGUGCUUGGAUGCAGGUGUUAGAGUCCACGGAUCAUGUAAAUUCUUGCAAGCCUGUUAGCCGAGACGAUCCCUCUUAUAAAGAGACAUUAGAGUUCUUGAAGAAGCUGAGAGCACAGCACAGAUGAAGGAAGGAAUACAAAUGAAGUGUAAGUGAAGUGAAGAUACAUUGUAAAUAUGAUUGCAUAUACUACAUACAAGAGAAGAGGAGAAAAUCUGGAUUUAGAAUUUUAGUGAGGAAAUUCCAUUCCAUCUGUAGGUAGUUGGUUAUAGGUAUCUGAUAUUUGCUUAUUCUUUUUGUACAUGCCUCAUCUCUUCUUGCCGGUCUACUAGGAACUCUUGCCCUCCCCAUUUUUUUUGUUAUUCAUUUGCCACUUAGCCAUUUGAAAUGCAACUGUUACAUGAAUAACUGUGUUCUAGUUAUUUAUACUCAAUUAUAAAAUAAUUAUAACUCUUCGUUGUCUUA